AUGGCUACCAUCGGGAUGGUCGAACCGUUCGAUACGGAACACCCGGAAAAUUGGAACGCCUACGCGGAAAGGGUUGACUUCUUCCUCGAGGCCAACGGGAUCACCACCGAUGGCGACAAAAGGGCUGCGUUCCUAAGCAUUUGCGGUCCUACCACGAUCGCUGGUGCAACCACAGCAAAAAUUGUGUGCCGGUUCAAGUUCCAUCAGCGGCGCCAGCAACCCGGGGAGGGUAUGGCGAAGUUUAUAAACGCACUACGCAAUCUGGGAGAGGGCUGCAAUUUUGGCUCUGUGUUAAAUGACAUGAUCCGCGACCGCAUCGUGUGCGGAGUGGUCGAGGAAUCCCUGCAACAGCGACUCUUGGCAAAGGAAACCCUUACCUUGGAUGUGGCGCAAGCAACAGCUUUGGCAUUCGAAGCAGCUGCAAGGAAUGUGUCGGACCUGCGAGGAACUCCUGACGGCUUUCUAAAGAAAAUAGAUAAUCGGAAGGAAAUGACAAAGUUAUGUUUUCGGUGUGACGAAUCGCAUUCAUCGGAAACAUGCAGGUUUAAAACAGCGGUGUGCCGUUUUUGUGGAAAGAUGGGGCAUAUCGAGAGGGCAUGUUUGAGGAAGAAACGGAACAGGGGUAGUAAGCGGUCCGAGCAGGUGAAAGCAGUGGCGUCUGACAACGAUUCUGGUCGACAAAAUGAGAGUGACAGUGAAGAGGGAACCGAGUAUUCUAUUCACAGAGUAUCCCCAGGAGAUCCUGGUAAGCUACAAGUUAAGUUGUUACUUAAUAGUACUGCAUGCUGUUUGGAAGUCGACAGUGGCGCGGCUUAUACCGUCAUUAGUGCCAGCUGUUUCAAUUCAUUACGAAGGAAGCCCAACUUAGAACGGAACACAAUCAUAUUACGGGACUAUCAGGGCAAUAUGAUUGAGACACUGGGGACGGGGUACGUACGUGUCGAAUACAAAAACGUGCACAAAACUCUUCCUGUGAUCGUAAUUAAGGGAACGCGCGUGGUGAAUCUUUUGGGGCGAAACUGGUUUGAGCCAUUGAACAUUAAUGUGUCUGGGAUUAACCAAGUGCACAACGCGGUACUUAAUAACGUGAUUCAAACUGAACUAGAAAGCGAAUUCGCGGAAGUGUUUGACGGGACUUUGGGCGUGUUCCGAGGCCCUCCAAUUAGCCUCAAUUUACCACGAGAUGUCAAUCCCAUUGUGUGUAAGGUACGAAAGGUCCCAUUCGCAUUACGACCUCUGAUUGAGGAUGAGCUGGAUCGCCUACAGCAGCAAGGAGUUAUUGAACCUGUGACGCACCCCAGAUGGGCCACGCCCAUAGUUCCGGUGGUUAAGGCAUCGAAUGAGAUCCGGUUGUGCGCCGAUUAUCGUAUAACUGUGAACAAGGUGUUGCGACCAGAGACCUACCCCAUUCCGAACGUGCAGGAUAUGCUGGCCAACCUAGCUGGAGGUCGUGUUUUCGCAAAACUUGAUUUGACACAGGCAUACCAACAGCUGACUGUCGAUGACGAAGCCGCCGAGGCACAAACUAUAAUCACACAUAAGGGGGCGUUCCGGGUGAAACGUUUGCAAUUUGGGAUUAGCAAUGCACCACAAAUCUUUCAGCAGCUAAUAGAUCAGAGGCUGCAAGGCAUACCAGGGGUCAUGCCCUAUUUUGACGACAUUCUGGUGGUUGCUAAGGAUGAGGCACAGCUGUUAGGACGAUUGCGGGAAGUUCUGACCAGAUUUAGAGAAGACGGCCUUAAGCUGAAGAAGGCAAAAUGUGUAUUCAACGUACAUGAAAUCGAAUUCCUGGGUCAUAAGAUUAGUUCCAGAGGACUAGAGCCAGCAGAGGAAAAAAUUCAAGCGAUCAUUCGAGCACCGGCCCCAAGUAAUGUUACGGAACUGCAAGCCUUCUUGGGAUUGGUCAAUUUCUAUGGGCCAUUCCUCGAAUCGAAAGCAACAAUAGCGGAGCCACUGCAUAAGUUACUGCAUAAAAAUGUAACAUUUAGAUGGGGAAGAGACGAAGCACAGGCAUUUGGGCGUGUUAAGUCGCUAUUAACGAAAAAACCCAUUUUAUGCCAUUACCAUGAAGGUAGGAAACUAAUCUUAACCGUAGAUGCGAGUUCGUUUGGAGUAGGCAUGGUUCUCAGUCAGCCGCAGGAAAACGGAAGGGAGGCGCCCAUCGCAUUCCAUAGCCGUACGUUGUCAAAGCCGGAAAGAAACUUUGCCCAGGUGGAUAAAGAAGCGUUAGCCAUCAUGGUGGGAGUUACGAAAUUCCACAACUACAUAUUCGGACGGAAGGUUGAAAUUCGAACAGACCAUAAGCCCUUGCUGGGAAUCCUGGGAGAGAAUAAGCAUUGCCCAAACGAAAUAUCGCCUCGCAUGCUGCGCUGGAGGUACAAUUUGAGCGCAUACGAUUACAAUUUGGUCCAUGUAGCGGGUAAGAAAAUUCCACAUGCUGAUGCCUUGUGUAGGCUUCCGCUACCGACAACUCGAGAAGAUGUUCCGAGAUGCGCGGAUGUCCUGAUGUUUGAGUGUGUGGAAGAAUCUCCAGUAUCUGCCCAAGAUGUAGCUAGACAAACUGCUAAGGAUCCCGUCUUAGCUCGUGUAAGAGAUUUUGCAUUAAGUGGAUGGCCCACAUCGCUAAGGGACCUGCAAUCUGAUAUUAAGCCAUACUGGACGCGGCGGAAUGAUAUCACGUCGUAUAGGAAUUGCCUGUUGACUGGAACCCGUGUCAUUAUUCCGCCGGGAGAGAGAAAAAGGAUUCUGCAGGUGUUGCACGAGGCUCACCCAGGGAUCAUUCGCAUGAAGGCGCUGGCAAGAAGUUAUGUAUGGUGGCCAGGAGUGGACUCGGACAUCGAGGAUUUUGUUGCCAAAUGCGAAAUAUGCCAGCAACACAGACAUAUGCCACCCAAGGCUCCCAUUCACCCUUGGGAGUUCGCAAGGGAACCAUGGCAGCGCAUUCACGUGGACCAUGCCGGCCCAGUGAACGGGAACUAUUUUCUCCUGGUUGUUGACUCGUACAGCAAGUGGUUAGAGAUGAGACGAGUCCCUUCCCUUUCAUCGACAACCACCAUCCAAGUAUUACGGGAGAUAUUUGCGACACAUGGGCUGCCGGACGUCAUAGUCAGCGAUAACGGCACAGCAUUCACGUCUGAAGAAUUCAAGCUUUUCGCUAAGAAGAAUGGAUGCCGAGCAGUGAAUGUGGCCCCGUAUAAGCCAUCAUCAAAUGGGCAGGCAGAGAGGAUGGUGCAAUUUGCGAAAGACUCGCUGAAGAAGAUGGGCAAAGGGGACGUGGAGACCAGGAUCUCUCGAUUCUUAUUGGCCCAACACGCGACGCCGUGCACAACAACAGGACAAUCACCUGCCGAAUUAUUGAUGGGCCGGAGGAUCACCACUGCACUGGAUCGCAUUAAACCCAGCUUGACCACGGAGAUGGAUCAGAAAAGGGACCAGUUGUUAGGGACAGAAGUGCGAAGCUUCAAGGAAGGACAACAUGUAGGUGUUCGUAGUUACGUGCCGGGAGACAAGUGGAUUCCAGCCCAGGUUAUGCAGAAAACAGGACCAGUGUCAUACAAAGUACAGACUCCGGAGGGGAAGUUGUUGCAUCGGCACAGCAACCAAAUGGUUACACGUCCCAUCGAACAAGAAGUCCCCGGGAUAGAAACAUCUUCAGAAACAGAUGAAGACGAACAAGAAGCCAUUCCGGAACGGGCAGAGCAACCUAUGGCAUCGCCAGAAGGUUCUCUUAGAGCGAAACUCCCAUCACCAGAAGGAGGAACCACGCCACGUCCCAGCACACCACGGCCUGAGCGGAAUCGCCGACCACCAAGGCACUUACAAGACUAUGAGUGUGCGUACGUAAAGGGGGAGGAGUGUUGUGUACGCACGGGAGACGCUGGCCGGUACGCCACUGGACAGGAGUGGCAGAGACGCUAG